AUAUACAAGAAACUCCACUGCUAGAACUCAUACUCCCAAGAAAAGCUGAUGGCUCGACAUGUACAUAGUCCCACAAACAGGUCCACAAUGCACCCUCAAGAUUUACUACAAACAUCAAACAAAUCUCCAACUCUCGACCCCGAACCAUCUUCUAAGAGCAUCACAUGAUGAGACUGGAUGACACUAGCGCCAUGCAGCUAAGCAAACACCCAAAGGCCACCCAUGCAAUAUUUCAAAUCCAAGACGUCUAUGAAGGUGGUGGCGCCGAGAAAGGCAUUGGAGGAAUCUGGAACUGUGGAACGCCAGGAAUUUGGGGAAUUGAAGGCAUCUGGGGGAUAGUUGGAAUCGAGGGGUUCUUGGGGACGGAUGGAAUCGAAGGGAUGGUGGGAAUAGAAGGCAUUAUUGGAGGAAUGGAGGGUAGGGAUGACGGCAAGGUAGGGAUGGUGGGGAUGUUGGGGAUGGAGAAGGGAAAGGAGAAGGGGAGGUUAGGGAGGCCAGGGAUGGCCGAGCCACCUCCUGUUGUAGGGGUACUCUGCAGCAAGUGGCGGGCUGCAACUACCACUUCAGUAUUGAAAAGGCACAAGGAAACGAAGAUGGUGAAGGAGAGGAGAGCUCUGUGAGCCAUAGCUAUGCUAAAGGAUCGAGGUGAUAGCUGUUACAAUUACUUGCUAGCUGGUCUGUGCCUCUGUCGAU